AUGGUUCACUCCAAUCCCUCCUACGAUUUACCCGCAAAUUACUCUGACUAUCAAGCCUAUCAUCAUUAUUCUUCGCAGCUGUCACAAUCAUCAUCCCCCUCUUCUGAUGGCUCCUCAGCAGAGAAUCCUGAUAAUUCCACUCCCUGCUCGAUAGUGUGGGUCAAUACCCUGGAGACAGCAUUCACUUUUCUUGACCCAUGGGCGCUCAGUACGACUCAGGUUUAUCCCCUCGGUGCUUCUACUUCGCUGCUGGAAGCUCCAAAAGAUGGAAAACUUGAUCUAUUUUCAUACUGCGAUGAAGGGACGUCUCAUACGACAGCGCCCAACACCAGACCGGACCAUGUGGAAAUUUCGUUGGGAUACCCUCGUGCGACUGAAAGUUCGUCGGGCUGGAUUCAUGGAGUAGAGGGCUACGGUCGCAAUGGCCCUGAUUUUCAGAUUUACCUUACGCCUUCCCCAGCCGCUGAACACUUUCCACAACCCUCUGAGGCGAUGCAUAACACGCCCUCUCCUGCAACAACAUCAACUACGUCUUCCGAUUCUUCACAGCAUGUCAAUUGGGGGAGAACAGAAGUUGAGCGAGAAAUUGAGCGCAAUGACGCAGAAAAGAAUUCAAUUCCAGAUGACAGUGGCCCCACAGACCUUCCCUAUUCUCAUUUGAUUGCGGAAGCUCUCAAGGCCGCUCCUGAUAGGAAGCGUACACUUCAGGAGAUCUACAGCUGGUUCGAGCAGAAUACAAGCAAAGGGAGAGAUCAGCGCUCAAAAGGAUGGCAGAACAGUAUCCGGCACAAUCUUUCAAUGAAUGCGGGAUUUGAAGCCGUAAGGGUAGAAUCUCCCAAUGGCAAAAAGGCCGUGAACUACUGGCGCCUCACGGACGAGGCAUACAGGAAAGGCAUCCAGUCGACUACCCGGUAUAGGAAGCAAGCAAAUCAUAAGAGGCCUUUGGGCUCGGAUCCGCCGGCUCCCCAGCGCCAACGAUCUGGGGCCAAAGGAGGGAAGGCGACCAAGAUUGCAACCAAGUAUCGCGGCCAGAUGGUUUUGAUGACAGGAGACCAGCAGGACGCUGCACCAAGGGAACGACUGUAUCUGCAUCCCGCCCCUCUGCAUCUGCAGCAGCAGCUACCGUCACAGAUGGUGAAUCGCCCUCCGUACCUUCGCGCAGCUACUUCUGUGGCGACAGUGUCACCAACCCGUGCGUCAGGUCCGGCCACGCUGAUGCAUCGACCAUCAGUGGAACAGUACAAUUCGGGUAGCAUCAUUGGCUGCACGGAAGCCCCACUGUACCCCUAUGUUCUAUGA